AUGGAGAGUUCUUUCUGGCUUCUGUUGGUGCUGAUUACAACGUUGGCCAUCAUUCGUAUUAUUCAAGCUCAAGACCAAGAAGGGUUCAUCAGUUUGGAUUGUGGGCUACCUGCAGACGAACAGUCUCCUUAUACUGAGCCUAAUUCCAAGCUGAACUUCUCAUCUGACGUAACAUUCAUCCAGAGUGGGAAAACUGCUAAAAUUCAGGUGUAUGUACAGAUGCCAUACACAACGAUAAGAUACUUUCCAGAUGGAAUACGGAACUGUUACAAUCUGAAUGUGCAGAUGGGACGUAAAUAUUUGAUUAGAGCUUCCUUUAUAUAUGGAAAUUACGAUGGUCGUGACAGGUCACCGGUUUUCGAUCUCUAUCUUGGACCUAAUCUAUGGGCCACGAUAGAUGUUGGAACAUGGGUGAGUGGUAUAUGGAUAGACAUUUUACACACCCCAACAUCAAACUUGUUGCAGAUUUGUCUUGCUAAGACUAGCGAUACUACACCGCUAAUAUCAGCUCUGGAAUUACGGCCCAUGGGAAAUGACUCUUAUACCACUAAAUCUGGCUCCCUGAAACGUCAUAACUGGUAUUAUCUUAGCAACUCAAGUUCUUCUAGUAUACGGUACUCAAGAGAUAUCUAUGAUCGCGUAUGGGUAUCGCACUUUCAGACGGAAUGGACCGAGAUUUCCACUGAUCUAGACGUGGUCAAUUCCAACAAAUAUGCUAUACCGAAAGACGUACUAAAGAAUGCUGCCGUGCCUACUAAUGUCAGUGCGCCAUUGACGAUCGAAUGGAUUCCCAAAAAUCCUGAUGAUCAAUACUACUAUUACGCACACUUUGCUGAGAUCCAAGACUUGAAGGCCAAUGAAACUAGGGAAUUCAACGUGCUAUGGAAUGGAGUACAUCAGUCUGGCCCAUUCAUUCCAAGAAUGCGAAUCAUAGAUACUAUCUCUAGCAACUCACCGCAAAUUUGCAGUGGAGGGAAAUGCAUUUUCCAGUUGAUAAGAACCAAUAGAUCAACUCUUCCACCUCUACUUAAUGCUCUUGAAUUCUACUCAGUUGUUCAGUUUACACAGUCUGAAACAGUUAAAAGCGAUGUGGGUGCUAUAAAACACAUAGCAGCCACCUAUGCAUUGAAUCGAAUCAGCUGGCAAGGUGAUCCAUGCGUCCCUCAACAGUUUAGGUGGGACGGUUUGAACUGCACCGACACGGAUAAGUCCAUGCCCCCAAGAAUCACUACUUUAAACUUGUCUUCAAGUGGUUUAACUGGAACAAUAGCCGCUGCCAUCCAAAAUCUUACGCAGCUAGAAAUAAUGGACUUGUCGAAUAAUAAUUUGACUGGAGGGGUGCCAGACUUUCUAGCCAACAUGAAAUCAUUGUCGAUCAUAAACUUAAGCGGGAACAAUCUCAAUGGUAUAAUUCCGCAAGCUCUUCAAAGGGAAGGACUAAAACUAUUCGUUGAAGGAAAUCCAAGGCUUUGUUUCUCUGAUUCAUGUAUAAAACCACAUAAGAAAAAAGCAGUUGUGCCAAUUGUUGCAUCAGUUGCUUCUGCAGCUAUUGUCAUUGUUAUAUUGGUUCUUUUUCUUGUACUCAGAUAUAAAAAGUCAGCAGUUCUACAAGGUCAACCUAGGAAGUCAAGGAUGAAGCUCAAGUUUGCUAAUAAAAACAGCAGAAGAUUCACACAUUCAGAGGUCAUACAAAUGACAAAUAACUUCCAUAGAGUUUUAGGUAAAGGAGGAUUCGGCAUGGUGUAUCAUGGUACUGUAAACGGUUCUGAUCAAGUGGCUGUUAAAGUAUUCUCUCAAUCUUCAACUCAAGGCUAUAAAGAAUUCAAAGCAGAGGUUGAUGUUCUUGUGAGAGUUCACCAUACAAAUUUGGUGAUCCUCGUUGGGUAUUGCUAUGAAGGUGAUCACCUGGCCCUCGUUUAUGAGUUUCUUCCCAAUGGCGACUUGAAACAACAUUUGUCAGGAAAAAGAGGUAGACCCAUCAUUAACUGGAGUGUCAGGCUACAAAUAGCUUUGGAUACAGCGCUAGGAUUGGAGUACUUACAUAUUGGAUGCACACCACCAAUGGUUCAUAGAGAUGUCAAAACAGCCAACAUAUUGUUAGAUGAGAAUUUCAAGGCCAAACUAGCUGAUUUUGGGCUCUCGAGAUCUUUCCAAAGUAGAGGUGAAACUCAAGAGUCAACGGUGAUUGCUGGUACUGUUGGAUACCUUGAUCCCGAAUAUUACCGUACGGGUCGGUUGGCUGAGAAGAGUGAUGUCUAUAGUUACGGGGUCGUUUUAUUGGAGAUGAUCACAAACCAACCUGUUAUCUCUAAAGAGUAUCACAUAGUAGAAUGGGUUAGCGCUACGCUUAACCAAGGUGAUAUAAACGAGAUCAUGGAUUCAAACCUUGGUGGGUUUUAUGAAUCUAAUUCUGCGUGGAGAGCUCUUGAGUUGGCAAUGUCAUGCGCUGAUCCUAUUUCCUCAAAACGACCAACCAUGUCUCAGGUUAUUAUCGAGCUAAAAGAGUGUAUUGCUUGUGAGAACUUAAGGAUGAGUACAGUCCAGGCUCGGAGUCCUUAAAUUAACAUUGGCUUGGAUAGUUCGGUACUUUCUGGGGCAAGUUUGUUUUGUGUGUUGUCAAUUUUUCGUACUGAUAUUUCAUAUUUUUAAUGAGUUUUAGAUUCACAUUUUAGCUUAUUAUGGUCAUGAGGUUGCAUAUUAGGUGUAUAUAUUGCAUUAGAUUGUUCAUUUGCAUAUAACAGGGUCUAGAUUGCAC